GCAAAGGCAUUGUCAAUGUGACAGUUCUAUACGACAACAAAAACAUGCGUGCGCCUAUAACCUCAACAUAACAUGUAUAUCGUAUCGUAACUUGAUUUAUUCGGAAAAUGGACGACUUGCAGUUAAAUAUUUCUGUUGCUAAAAAGGCCACCAAGAAAACAGGAGGUGCUCAGAAAAAUGCUUCGGAAUAUAAGUUUAUGUCGAAGCCUGCUUUUACGGGAAAAACUAUAGCUAGGAAGAGAGCUAUAACAAACAAGAAAACUGAUUCCGAACAUCCAAUUAAGGUGCCUCGGCAAUCAGAACCUCAAGCCCAAAAGUCAGUAGAUUUAUCAAGUAGCUUAAGGGAUUUGAGCGAAAACAAAGGAAAGUUUCAAGGGAAAAGCUACCAAGACUUGAGUGAUGAUAUACAAUUAAAGCAAAAACCCAGGGCUGGUGGCUGGAUUUCAUCAUUGUUCAAAAAUAAUCCAGAUGUGCCAAGGAUUGGACAGCGAGCUGUAAAGCCGGUAGUGGAAAAGGUGUUUGCAGAAAAAAGCUUUUCAGAUUUAGACAUUCACCCUCACAGUGUAGCCAAUUUACAACAGAAUCUUGGCUUGAAGGAGCUUAUGGUGGUUCAACAAAGUGCUGUGCCUGUGAUACUACAAGGACGAGACGCCUUGAUUAGGUCACAGACAGGUUCAGGCAAAACAUUAGCUUAUGCGUUACCUAUUAUAGAAGGGUUACAAGCCAUACGCCCAAAGAUAAACAGACAUGACGGUAUCCGGGCAGUUGUUGUGGUGCCGACUAGAGAACUGGCAGUGCAGACUCAUGAACUGUUCCUGAAACUGGUUAAGCCAUUCACUUGGAUUGUUCCGGGUCUAUUAAGUGGCGGCCAAAAACGCAAAGCUGAGAAAGCGAGACUGCGAAAGGGCCUCAACAUAUUGAUUGGUACCCCGGGACGGAUAAAUGACCAUUUAAGGCACACACAAUCUCUCAAUUUUGCGAAGACAGGGUGCCUAGUGCUAGAUGAGGCCGAUCGCCUACUGGACAUGGGAUACGAAAAAGAUGUAGCGGCCAUUGUGAAAGCGAUCGAAGAUCAUAAAAAAGCAGCAACAUAUGACCCUCUAGCCAUGGUCAAAAGUCAAAUCAAGUCCACCUUUCCUGACGCAGAAGAGGAACCGACAGAUAAAAAUGAAGAUGAAGGCAAGACUGAGAUAAAACAUCAUUUGACUGAAGUGUUCUUGUCUAAAGAUCGUCAAACUACUUUACUGUCUGCUACGCUUACUAAGGCCGUGGAAAAUUUAGCCGGCAUCACAAUGGUGGACCCGGUGUUCGUCGACGCCGCUGACGGAAAGGCGCUCGUCGCCGAUUCCUUGAAACCCCACAAAGAUAACACGAAACAAGCACAGUCCUCUGCCAAAGAUAUCCAAACACUAAGCGAGAAGACUGUUGCUAAGCCAAAUGUUACCGAAGAAGACACGGAACAGAAUGAUGAGGAAGAAGAAGGUCCAGAAGAAAAACAGGGUCUGAAGUUAUUUAGACAAGACAAAUCGAAGUCUUUGUUUAGCAUGGACGAUUUAUCAGACUCAGAAGCUACCCCAGUACCAUUCCCCGGAGUUCCAGCAGUUGAGAAACAAAAAAAGACAAAAGAAAAGCCAGCUCCAAUACCCGGGGUCGUGGACAUGGAAUCAGACGACGAAUACGUCAUGCCAGAACCCGACAUCGCUCCGUCUUUCGAAGCGGCUGUCAAAACAGCCAUAAAAGAAGACGAGCUGGUGAUGCCCGUGUCGGUGAAGCAAUCAUUUCUAAUAGUCCCGAUGAAGUUGAGACUGGUCACACUGUGCUCCCUUAUAGUUGAACAUUGUGUUAUGAACAAGAGAGGUGGCAAGUUGAUGGUGUUCAUGGCUACUUUGGAGAUGGUGGACUAUCAUGCGGAGCUCAUAGAAACUGUGCUUACUGGGAAACCAGCGAAGUCUAAGCUAAACGAGAAUCCAAAGUCCAAGAAGAGGAAAGCCAAUGAGGAUAAGGAGUCUGACAGCGAUUCCGAGUUCGAAGUGGACUACCAAGCGCCACCCGAGGGCGGGGUGGUGCCGGUCGAGCUGUCCGUGUUCCGUCUGCACGGGUCCAUGCCCCACGAGAGCAGAAUCGAGGUUUUCGACCAGUUCCGCAAGGCCAAGAAAGGCGUGCUGUUCUGUACGGAUGUUGCGGCGCGAGGGCUCGAUGUGCCACGCGUGGAUCUUGUGCUGCAGUACUGCGCACCGGCCUCAGCCACCGACUAUGUACACAGGGUCGGGCGAACGGGCCGAGCUUCGAACGUGGGCGAAGCUGUGAUGUUCCUGCUUCCCAGCGAAACAGAAUUCAUGCGGCACCUUGAACAGAAACGUAUCAGACUGACUCAACGCAACGAGAAACACUGUCUAGAGCCGCUGCUGACUAUAGUCCCGGGUGCCGCGAAUGCGAACCGCGCGGCCAUUGCCGUGCAGGCGCGCCUCGAGCAGACCGCGCACACCGACAAGUCGUGGCUACUCAGGGCGAGUCGAGCGUACACAACCUGGGUCCGCUUCUACUCGGGUUACCCUCGCGACGUUCGCGAGUUCCUUGACGCCAAGCAACUGCACCUCGGGCACGCGGCCAAGGCGUUCGCACUCCGAGACACGCCGGCCGCGCUCGCCAAACGCGCCAAGUAUGAUCCGGACUUGAAGCGAGAGCGGCCUGUGAACAAGCUCACGGUGCAUGACGAGGAAGAGAGGAAGAGGCCUGGAUUCCCAAAGGUUAAAGCGGGGUUGAGCGGGCGGAUAGUGAACAAGCAGAGCUCCAUGCACACCGCCAGCGAGUUCGACAGCGGCCUGCCGCCCCUCGAGCAGGCGCGCAAGAAACAGAAGAAAAACAAAUGACACCCCACCACUUCCCACCAACCACCCCCGCUACAACUCUCCGUCAAAAUCUUCAGACUGCGCUAACUGAUCGAGGACUCAAUGAUAUUGCCUGUAUAAUUGUAUAUGUAAUCCUUGUAUACUUUUAGUGUAAUGAAAAAAAUAUAACAUCUAUACUCCA